AUGAGCAAUGCAAAAGAGGUAGAAAAGAUGUGUAGGGAUAUUGACAGGAAAACUGGAAAUGUGGAUGAGUGUUUGAAAGUUAUUAAAGAAUCUAUAGCAAAAAGAGUUCCAGGGCUUAAUAUGCUGUAUAAAAAUUAUAAGCAAUAUUGGAUAUUGGUAUAUGAGUGUGGGCUAGAGCUGGAAAGUAUAGAAGAUGCAAUGAAUAUUAAUGAAAAAGACAGAGUAAAUUAUAUUUUGUCAGCAAAGCCAUCAAAGUUUGAGAAAUGGGCAAAACUGCUUGAUAUUGCUGACGUUAUUGAGUAUAUAGAAUCUCAGUCAAAAAAUUAUUUAAUUCUACUCAAUAAAUUGCCAAAGACUGACCAAUAUGAUAGCGCUGUCCAAGACUCCUUAUUAAAAACACUUAUAUUUCAUCCUCAUCCUGAAGAAUUUGCGAAAUCGCCGAUAAAACUCCACAAGUUACCAAAUGAAGAAUCCCUUUCAAAAAUGCGCCUUGAAAAUAUGCAAGUUUUACUCGCAAUAAGUGAGCCUAUAAUAACAGCAAAUUUAUUGGAUUUUUAUAAUAAAACAGCUCAAAACCAUUAUUUUGAAGACUAUAUAAUUUCAAACUACCAUGACCUAGGCACAGCUUUGGUACAAAACCAGACAGAAAAUUUACUAGAAACAUUAGAAUACACAGUUAGUUUAGACAAUAUUCAAGUAAUCCUGCAUAUUUUGAGCCAUUAUUCUAUUGAAUUAUCAUCUAAAUGUUUUUACUUUGCAGCGAAAAAUGCUUUAAUUGAGUAUAUGGCCCCCCCUUGUAUUUCUCAAAGGCUUCUUCCUUAUGAAAUGGAGUCUUGCUUGGACGCUAUGAACUCUGAUGAGCUUUCUGAGCUGAAAAAAUUUAUUUUUAGCAAGAUGUUGUCUAUAGAUUCACAAAACUCGAUGGGAAAACUUAUACAAAGUAGAGGAGUUGACUGCUUUAUGGAGCUUGAACUGAGCGAAUUCAAAUUAAAGUGGAUAAAAAAGCUAAAUGAAGAUCAGCAAAUAGAAAUGCUGCAUGCAAAGAAGAUUGAAGACGCAAUUGAGGUUGUAGGAGCUUUUCAUGCAAGCUUAGAAAAACAAAAAAACUUAAUGAGUUAA